AAGCCUGUUUGUUUUGGGAUUCUGUCACUUGCAAACCAAAAUGUCCCAGCUGGUAUGGUGGUGGAGGGUUUUGUUUUUUGUUUUUUUAAGUUUAAUUGUUUUUGAGAGAGAGAGAGAGCGCGCGUGCAGGGGAGGGGCAGAGAGAAGGGGAGAGAAUUCCAAGCAGGCUCUAUGCUGUCAGUGUGGUGCCGGACACUGAGGUGACUCUCACUAGUGCUCACCUCUGUACCCUGGGUAUGAGCAGGGUCCGUGAAGCCCAAGGCUAUGGAUCCAGCACUGGGUCUCCUCCCCGUACCACUUCUUAGUAGAAGUGGUUAUGUAUGCUCACUGAAGACACACUGGGAGGGGCCAUGAGUUGGGAGGGUCCAUGCCUUGGUGAGCUGGAACAACAUUGGGGUAACCUGCCUGCUCCAACUCUUUCCCACUACAUGUGUGCUGUGCAUUUCAGGAUGUGGCCGGUGCCUGGACUUGUGUGUGCUUUUCGGGUUGAGCUGUAUGUGUGUGUCAGCUGCCUGACUGAGCAUCCUGUGUGCUCGGCCGAUUGUGUACACCCGGUCUGCCUGCGUGCGCCCGUUCGCACCGCAGGAGCGGUGCGGAGUGGCGCGUGCAUUCCCUGUGCAGGGUGAACCCAGCGCCCCGCGUGUGAGUCUCCGCGCCUGAAUCUCCGCGCGGCAGGUCCCGCGCGGCCCCGGGUGAGGCCCAUCCGCGCUCCCACCGGCGCCAUGGGAAGGAGCGGGCGCCGCUGCUCUUGCCCCCCGCCGGCGCGCGCACGACUUGAGCCCCGCCGCGAGCAGCCCCCGGCCGCAGGUCCCCGAGUGACGCUGGCGGCGCCUGGGAGCGUGGCGCGGGCCCGGGGCCACGUAGAGGAACCCAGUAUCCAGUGAAGCAGCCGAGGACCCGCCGCCCCGCCGCCGCCAUGGUUAUGUCCCAGGGCACCUACACGUUCCUCACGUGCUUCGCCGGUUUCUGGCUCAUCUGGGGUCUCAUCGUCCUACUCUGCUGCUUCUGCAGCUUCCUGCGCCGCCGCCUCAAACGGCGCCAGGAGGAACGACUACGUGAGCAGAACCUCCGCGCCCUCGAGCUGGAGCCCCUCGAGCUCGAGGGCAGCCUGGCCGGGAGCCCCCCAGGCCUAGCGCCGCCACCACCACCGCAGCGCGGCCGCCUCGAGGCGCCGGCGCACGCGCAUCAGCACGUGCACGUCCACCCGCUGCUGCACCACGGGCCGGCGCAGCCACACGCACACCCGCACGCACACCACCACGCGCUUCCUCAUCCGCCGCCCCCGCACCUCUCAGUGCCGCAGCGGCCUUGGAGUUAUCCGCGUCAAGCGGAAUCGGACAUGUCCAAGCCACCGUGCUAUGAAGAGGCGGUGCUGAUGGCCGAGCCACCGCCGCCCUACAGUGAGGUGCUCACGGACACGCGCGGCCUCUACCGCAAGAUCGUCACACCCUUUCUGAGCCGCCGCGACAGCUCGGAGAAACAGGAGCAGCCGCCGCCCAGCUACAAGCCGCUCUUCCUGGACCGGGGCUACACGUCAGCGCUGCACCUGCCCAGCGCUCCGCGGCCUGCGGCCCCCUGCCCUGCGCUCUGUCUGCAGGCGGACCGUGGCCGCCGGGUCUUCCCCAGCUGGACCGACUCGGAACUCAGCAGCCGCGAGCCGCUGGAGCACGGAGCUUGGCGCCUGCCGGUCUCCAUCCCCUUGUUCGGGAGGACUACAGCCGUAUAGAGGGGCGUCCGGCGUUCCGGGCCUCACCCGCGAACUCGUGGCCUGACUGCGGGGCUUUUUAAACGCUUCCCUUGGACUGCGGGGAGGGGUGGGGAGGGAGGGAUUUCUUACCCCGUUUGUUACAUUUUGAGGAUAAUAAAGGUGUGUGAUCUGGUUUGGUA